AUGUUGCCAGGCGGAAAAUGCACAUUUGGCGUUCGAAUGCCCAUAGAUAUCCACAUGUUGAAUGAGAUCAUAUACAGAGAGGUGAAGCACUUUAGAAAUUACAAGAUAUAUCGACCCAAUUUUAGAGUAACACCGGUAACUGGAAAGUUCUACGCAGCCCAUGAUCAGUUAAAGGCAGAGACCGAAGAAGAGACGCGGAAGGUGGAUAACUAUCAUAGCAAUGUGUCGAAAUCGAGAGCAAAGGGUCCACAUAGCAAAUAUCCCUCACCGGCUACCGAGAACCAAAUAUACGGCUGGUACACUGACCCUCUAGUCCCCAUGGAUCGCAAUGACCGUCGUUUUUACCAUCCGAGGAGAGAAAGUGAACACACUAAAGUAGAAAUAGUCAUCCUCAUGUCCAACAAUAAGAAAAGAAAGUAA